ACUCGGACUUGGGGACUAGACUACAACACUGCUUUUUUGUAACUUGGAACUUAUAGGUACAUAAAGUGUUUAAUUCAUGUUGGCAUAUUAGAAAUAAAAGUCAUUAUUUAAAAAAAUAUAUUCUAAGCCAUUUAUGCGCAUGUGGCUGUUAAGAGUAACCAGCAUCUAAAUGUAUGACCUCAAAGGUUAAACAGCUACUUCAAUAAAUACUGUGUGACAUUAUUGCUAAACAAUAGUUACUACAUGCACAGUAUAAUUUAGUAUAUGUGUGAAAUAUCAAACAAAAGACCUUUGGUUGGUAUACCGACGACCAGAAGAAGAGCUGUGGCCGAUUAUAGACAUUGGUUUAUUGUUGCUGCCUACGUACCAGUUCCCACAUUUUGGGUUACAUGAUGUUGUAAAGACAUUUGAAAACAGAUCAAUGUACUGUAGCUUUGUUCUAAACUGUUCAGACACUGCUUCACAAUUGAAAAACUACGAUUACAACAAUUGGUCUCAAGUAAUCUCAUAUAUAAAAUGUUCUUUGUAUUUUGUUAACUGGCAAUUUGUGGGUAAGCACUUCUAAAAACACUUCCUUGAAUCAUAUGAGAUCACAAGAAGAAGACGAGAAGAGUUUUCACCAGCCCUCAGUCAAAAAAACGGUCAGUCUAAAAUAACCUCAGCGUGAGACAUCACACCUCUGUCAAGCGAGUAUAUCACGACAUAUGAUUGAAAUAUUUUUGAGCUGAGAUUGGUGAAAGAAAGCGGAAAGAAAAUGAAACACUUCUACGUGAUCAUCACAGCUCUGGCAGCAACAGCUCUGGCACAAGGCUCUAUUGAAUGUAAUUUCACUGAAGCUACUGGAACUCAGCAAUGUUAUGGAGCGGUGGGACAACUGUUGGUUUUUCACCUGCCAAACACUGCAGAUAGAGAUGUAAGGUUGACGAAAGACAAGAAAUAUAUGAUUUUAAAAUCAUACACAAAUCAGAUAGAGAGUCUACAUAAGGAAUACGUCAAUCACAGCAAUCAGACUGAACUUUUCACCAAGGGAAGACUUGAAUUGGGAAAAGCAACAAAGAAACACUCUGGAGACUACAUGUUGGAAGAAUAUAGUGUAAAUGGGAAUUUCAUAAGAAAAGUAAAUGUGCACGUAGAAAUUGAAGCUCCAGUGUCAAAGCCAGCUGUUUCUCAGAUGUGUUCGUCAGAACAGAUCAACAUCGGCUGCUCCUCUGAGGGAGAUGGAGUGGAGUUCCGUCUGACUUUAGAUGGAAACUUACUCAUGCAGACAAAAGACAACAGCCAGUUCCUGAACAGCAGUAGAGUUAACAUACAAUCUCUGACAGGGACUAGAACUACACAAGACGAACCCAGUCUUAAACAUGUUACCAUCAGCUUAAAGGGUCAGCUGGCUGGAAGCUUAAUGUGUAUUGUUUGGAACAAUGUGAGCAAAGAAGAAACAGUUGUUCAACUGAAAAUCUGCAAAGGUAUUUCCUUCCUUGUUGUGUCUGUGGCUGUUACAGCAAGCUUUUUGGCUGUCCUCCUGGGAUGUAUUUUAAUCAUUCUCCGUAAAAACCAAACACCCUCAGCUGUUAAUGAGGAUGUUACAGAGAACCCUGAAGAUGACGUUAUCUACACCGAUGUAAGAAUAAUACAAAACACAAGGACAACUGAACCCAACUCGCAGAUUUCUACAUAAUCUUCUCCUAAAGAAGGGAUCAAGCAUCAGUCCAAGAAUGUAACAAGUAAUCUUUUUCUUUUCUGGCUUGGGCUGGCAAGAGGAGAAUAAUUUUGGCCAAUUAAUUCAUGCCAUGAAACCUCAUCUACUUCUGUAAUCUAUGAUCGUAUCUGUAUGGACUAUUUUUCAAUUCAAUUAGAUUCAAAUACAUUUAUUAAUCCGUUAGGAACAGUGCACAUUUUACAGUUAAUACUUUUGAUUCUUUUUAAAAUUGUGCUUCUUUGAUUGAUUUUAGCAUUUAGUUUCCUUAUAUAACAUUUCUAUGAUUGUAUUAUUGUAAUUAUAUGGCAGCUUAAGCAAAUUUGUGAAACAUGUAUGAAAAUGUUGUCUGUUGUUUGUUUUUAAGUAAAAUACAGUAUAUUUCUUAAAUGGA